AUGACUUUUGGUACAGACUUAAAGGACCAAAUACCUUCCAUAGUAAAAUAUGUAGGUGAUGGCAUCCAAUCACUUUAUCAAUUUCGAAACUUCAUUAGAGAUCGUGCAACUAUCGAACGCGAAUAUGCACAAAAACUAGAGUCUUUAACAAAAAAAUACAAGACAGGACAAACAAGUCGAAGAUUUAUGCCUGGUAAUGGGGGUGAAUUACAUCAUCAAGAAGAGAAGGAUUGGGAAAACUUAUCAAGUACAACUUCAUCCACUUGGUCUCAAUUACUUGAUCAAACUAUGCUUGUAGCAAAGAGUAGACAUCAGUUUGUGGAUGACCUGAAUAAUGUCAUUGUCGAUUCACUAAAAAACGUAGCCACAAGAAAAGAAGACGCUAAAAAGAAGGAUAAAGCAAAACAAACUUAUGAUGAAGCUUGUAUGGAAAUUGAAAAUAUAAAAACAAAACUAAAUAAAUCAAAUGAAAAAGAAAAGCUUCAAAGACAAUUAGAUGCUGCUUUUUUAAACUGUGACAAUAAAAAGAAUCUUUAUCUUUUAUCAAUUGCAGUUGCUAAUGCAGAAAGAACCAAAUACUUUGACGUCGAUACUCCAGCUUUAUCUGAUUGUCAUGAUGAGAGUUUAUACUCCAUCGAACAAUUGGAUCCUGCUGUUGAUGCUGCUGUAUUUACUCAAAACGCUUUAAAUUCAACAGAUACAACUACUGAAAAUGCAACUAAUAUUCCUUUUGCAUUUAUACCUUGGAAUGGAGGUGCUAAUGCAGCAGAAACAAUUAUUGAUAGAGACGCUAAUUUAGUCUCAAGUGAAGCUGCUGUUAUUUACUUGAAUAACAAACUAGUCAAAGAUCGUAAAAUGUUAGACUCUCUAGAUGAUGCCUUAUCAAAGGCAACAGAUGAAAUGAAAUUGAUGGAUAUGAUUAGAGAUAUUACAUUAUUGUCUACACAGAAAACAAGAAUAUCCAGUGAAAUAGACUUGAUUAUCCAAAAUAUUGGAGAUAAUGGGCUAAAAGUACAAGGUCAUGAUUUUAAGCCUUCUUCUUUUACUAUCCCUACUACAUGUGAUUAUUGUAAUAGUACUAUUUGGGGAUUAAAUAAAGGUCUUACAUGCAAAGCUUGUGGACUGAAUUGCCAUACACGAUGUGAGAUGAAAAUAGCUCCUAAUUGUAGUCAAAAGAAGGGACAAGUAAACCCUCAACCAGCACUAUCAAUAGGAACAACAAAAUUAAAUAGACAAGCAAGUAUCAAUUCAGUCUCAAAUAGCGUAGUCUCAUCAGCUUCUUCUCCUAUUCAUACUAAUCCUGAUGCUCCUACUUUUACCACCGAAAUCAACACAUUUGAUAUACGUGCUAUUUAUAGUUAUGAAGCUCAAAAUACAGAUGAACUAAAUAUAACAGCUGGAGAUUUAUUAAAGAUAAUAGAGUCUAAUGAUGGAUCAGGAUGGAUUAAAGCGCAAUUAAGGGAUCAACAAGUAGGCUUAAUCCCUGCCAACUAUAUUGAAUACAUAAAUCAUCCAGAGGAAUCUUCAUCAUAUAUUCAAACAAACAAAGAGGAUUCAUAUGAGAGAGUGGUAGCUUUAUAUGAUUUUAAGGCAGUUAAUGCAGAAGAACUCAAUCUUAAUCAAGGUGAUAUUAUCAUCGUUACAAAGAAAGAUGAUGGUGGAUGGUGGGAAGGUUCCUUGAAUGGUCAAUCUGGUAUAUUCCCUUCUAAUUACGUUGGGCCUUAUACAGAAUAA